AUGUUUUACCAGGCAAAAGAGGGGGAUGCUAGUCAGAGUGGGAAUGGUGACACAGCCCCCAAGUCACCAGGUGUAAGGCGGUUCCAGCAGAUCCAUCACCUCUGGGACCAAAGGUCCUCUCCAUCUGGCCCCAAUCAGGAUGGUGAUGAGGGUGAUAAUGCAAGGGAAGAGAUGAAUGGAAGGAGUGGGGAGGAUAACGAGAGGAAACUGACAAAUGGAGUCCAUCGAGAACCUCCUGAGGUCAUCCAUAAUGACAAAUACGUGAAUGAUGACCUCUCCCUCACCACCCAGCAGCUACGAGAGGAGGUGAAGCGUCUGCGGAAAGAGGUGACACAGCGGGACAAACGCAUCCGGGAACUUCAAGGCCAAAUCCGACUUCUCACUUCUCACCCGUCAUGAGAACCUUCUCACUUUUUUCUUUUAUUUUUUUCCUCCUCCAAUAUGUGCCUGUGUUAAAAAUGGAAUUCCUGGAUGGCCUUCACCAUAUUUAUUCCCUUUCUUUUCCAAACUAGGAAUUUUGGAGAACUGCUUUGUCAUUUCCAGUCUGACUUUUAAAAUGAGUUUUGAAAUGAUUUGAUAGAUAGAGAAAUGGGAAAGAACUGUUAGACUGUGCUGUGUGGAUUCCUUUGAAAAUGAUUUGUGCAUGUCAUCUGUGAGAGUUUGUCAAUGGCUUUCCCACCAGGGUGAUUCCAUGUAAAUGCUGUGGAAUGCUUGGUCAGAUUUCAGCCUUGGGGCACUUCCAAGAAUUUUAAAAUAAUACUUUGUAACAUUCUUUGAAUACACUGGUGGAAGUGAGAAGAAAUGGAUGGUACGUUUGACAUGUUGCCUAGUGAGGAUUAUUUUGUUCUAUGUCCAGAUUUCAGGUUUUUCAGCCAUGUCAUUCAUUCAUUCAUGUCAUUUAACAUCAACAAAAUUAUUUUAUUGACAGCAGGAUGCUCAUUAAUUUAGGAAUCAGUGGAUGUAAUAUGAGACUGCAAAAUUUUUAUAUCUCUUGUUUUACUGCAGUAAACUUCAAUGAAGUUCAUGUCCCAAACUUUCAGUUUUUGAAUAGAACAAAAUGGUCCUCACUCAACGAGUCGGACAGCAACCAACUAAUGCCCCUCAGCUUUCCUUGAAAUGAGGAUAUUUAUAUAUUACUGCAGGUUUUUGCUAGCUACUUUGGAAACAUAAUGAAGUGGUCAAAAUUGAACAUGAAUCACCUGCAUAUGAACAAAGAGUGAAGUACACUUAUGCAGUUGCAUGUAGGUUGAUAGAAGCAUGAAUUUGCUGUGAAGCAUUGGUUUAGAGUUUGCAUAGCUGUGCAAUAUCCUGUUUAGUGGAUGAGGAGAGUCUGCAGAUGAUGCAAUAUACUUGUUGGCAAGUGUCUGUGAAUGUGUACAACCUGCUAGCUUCGUUCUGGUGCUAUUUUCAUGUUAGCUGCUUCUGUGUUCCAGAAUUUCUUACAUUCCACAACUCACAAUUCCUCUGAUGUUCCUUUUUUCCACAAUUUUAUGCCACCUCUCUCAGAGUGUCUGCUGACUAUAUAAUGUCAUGCAAGGAAGGACACUAAUUCUUGAAAACCUUGGUGGAAAACAGAGAAAGUUUACCCUGUUCAUUCCUCAUGAAAGACUCAAAAUGAUGGAAUCUUAAUUUGUGGUCAUGUCAGAUGUAUCCUGUUUGCACCAGAUUCCAGAAGGAUUCACCAGAAUGAAGAGCAGGCUGAAUGCAUGCUGAUUGAGGCUUUAGAAUUGUACAGUGAGAGAGGAACGUACAAAGUUGAAACAUUGUAUGAAAGCUUUGCUUGUUUUUUUCUUUCCUCACUUGGACAGGGUUAAAAGUGACCGGGCUGCUCCAGCUCUUCUUUCUCUUCUUUUGCCUUGCUUAUUAGACUAGUGUUGUUGGAUUGGGACCAGUAUUGUUGGAUACAUGUGCUUUUUCCCUCGUCUGUUAAGUGCAGUUAUGCCCAAAGUUGUUUUUUGUUAUUUUUUGUAGGGAGGGACGUGAAAGAUUAAUUCCAUCCUUUGAUUAAAGAAAAGAGCUUCCACAGCCCGGUCACAGUUGCAGUGUUGCCCAAUCACUUCCAUCAAGGAGCUUUAUUAUGCUAUGCUGUCAAUCACAAAAAGUUGCCAAAAUGUACUCACUUGCUUGAAUAUGUUUUUAGUGUUGCAUUAUAAAAUUUAAUCCAUUUCUCAGUUGCUUUCACACUAAAGCACUCUUUAGGAUUCAUGAGGUGCAAAGUAUUUUGACAACAUUGACAGUGUUGCAGUUUUUUUGCAAGGUCACCAAAGAUGCUGGUGUGCAUAGUUCCCUGGGACAGAAAAGCAUGUGUUUUUUUCUUGUUUUUCUCCUAGUCCUUCUGACUUGGAGUCAGGUGAUGAAAUGUUUUUUUUUUUGGGAGUCCCAAUGGUGAUUUCUUGGAUGGAUGAUUCCUUGAGGUGCAGAUUCUGCUGAUCUUUUUUUGUUAUACUCUCGAG